AUGAAGUCAGCCAUCAUCGCCGCCAUCUUUUCCAUCUGCCUCUUCGCAAUGCACAUUGCAGGCACAGCCCUGGCACCCCGUGCCUUGGACCGAAAAUGCCCUCUCGAGUCCGAUUGCAUGGAAAGGCUCUGUGAAAAUUUCAGCUUCAUAGAAACAAAAGAAGAAAAGGACCCGUUCUACCUUGUUGCCCAGUGCAAGAACAAGAAAGGCAGUUACGUCUACACCAAGCUCGAUCUCAAGAAGUGCAUCGCCAAUUGGGAUGGCAACCUGGAAUGGGCACCAAGAGGCGGUUUCAGGUGCGGUGCAUGCGGAGUCUUUCAAGGAUCUCCAAACUCAUACGUCGGCCUGAGGUGCGAAGAGUGCAAGCCACGUAUCUUCUGGCUAGAGGGAUACAAGUCACCUUCCAUCGAUCUCUCUCAGGGGAUUUGGGUCAGUCAGGAGGGCACCCUCAGCUGCUACGACAUGAAUGGCGAGUGGUAUGUGUAA